AAGGUUCAUAAACGGAACUUUACCCAGAAAAGCAAGACGCACUGACAGCGACCGAGUUUACAGUGGAGCGGGCCUUUAACAUUUUAACUGCGCAACAAAUAUUUCGGAGCGAGUAUAGGACUGAAAGUCGUGAAAAGACUGAACCAUGUCUAUGACCGUCAAAGCCUAUCUCCUUGGAAAGGAGGACGCACCGAAAGAAAUUCGUCGCAUUGCUGUCGACCAAGAUGUUUCAACGAGUUUUGAGUAUCUGAAAAAAAAGGUUGAGGAUGUUUUCUCAACCCUGCGAAAUGUCACCUACCAAAUGUUUUACAAAGAUGAAGACGGUGAUAUGAUCGCCUUUUCCACUGACGAUGAGCUUAUCAUGGGCCUCACCUGCAUCAAGGACUACACCUUCCGCCUCUUCAUCAAGGAGAAGAAGGCGCACAGGCGUGAGUUCCCUGCUUUUGCCUUCCCCGGCGGUGUCCCCCCUUUCGCCUUCCUCCCUCCCCCUGGAGCACCCCAUACGGGACCUCCCCCACCCCAUGGUCACGGCCCCCAUGGUCACGGCCCCCACGGGCCCCCCAUGGUGCACCCCAACGUGACCUGUGACGAAUGUGAGGGCUCUGUGGCGGGGACCCGUUUCAAGUGCACCGUGUGCCCUGACUAUGACCUGUGCUCCACGUGCCAAGCCAAGGGGCUCCACAAGGAGCACGUCCUCCUGCCCAUCUGGCACCCCUUCAGCAACGCAUUCGAGUGGUGCCCUCGUGGGGGGAAGUGGAUGCGGAAGAUGAGGCACUGCAUGUGGGCUCAGGCCCAAAGCCAGGCCCAGCCUGGUCCCUCUGUGUCCCAGCCAGGCCAGGCGGUCCCGGGGGACAGACAGCCCUCUGAUGCCUCAUCUGCUGCCUCCCAGCAGUCUCAAGCCAAUAUGGAUUACCUGAAGAACAUUGGAGAAGGGGUGGCAGCCAUGCUUAGCCCACUGGGUAUCGAUGUAGAUAUUGAUGUGGAGCACGAGGUGAAGAGGACCAAGGUGAUGACCACCAAUCCAACCCCACUUGGGUCAGGAGGCCCCCCCAGUGCUAGGAGCGACAACGUGACAGGGGGGUCAGAGGGAGCAGGGGCUAAAGAGGGGGACAUGGACGUGGACGGGCUGAGCAGCCUGGGGAGCACCAGUGAUUUGGCUACGGGUGGUAAAGACGCAGGGGGCAGUGGUGACGAGGAGUGGACCCACCUGACCUCCAAGGAGGUGGACCCCUCUACAGGGGAGCUCCAGUCUCUCAGGGCAGGCAAGGAGGGCUCUCUGGAAGUCCCAGAGUCCCCUACUGUCCCCCAGGGUCCCUCACAGGAACCACAGAAGUCACUCACUCUCGCUGAGGCCGCAGCCUACCCCCACCUUCCUCAAGAUGCCGAUCCACGCCUGGUGGAGUCCCUGUCCCAGAUGCUGUCCAUGGGCUUCACAGAUGAGGGUGGCUGGCUCACCCGCCUCCUCCACACUAAGGACUGCGACGUCGGGGCCGCCCUGGACACCAUCCACUACUCCAAAUCCCAACAGAAGUAACGGGGGCCCAACACAGUACCCUGAGGGACACCUACAUCCCCCUAUCAUAGCCACUUCACCAAUACUGCCUUCUCUUCUGUCCCUCUCAUUCACACCUCUCUGGCAAUUGCAGUUACUCACACAAUAAAAGUCUUAUUAGAUCUGAAUAUAUAUAAUGAUCUUGCUAUUUUAAAUGUUUUUGCUCUACAUCUAUGGUUGCACUGACAUUGAGAAGUACAGUAUAAAGGGUUUACUAGUCAAGUAUUUAUCUGAAUGGAAAUUAUGAUAUUUCAAAACCUUUGUUAAACUCUUUUCAUUGUGAUGUCAUUGAACUGAAAGUGAAAGUUAACAUAUGGGUUCGUUUUUAAAUUGGAUUUACAAAAGCAGUAAAAAAAAGUUAAGAUUAACCAACAUGUAAAAUAUCAGCGUUAACUCAAUAGGAAGUAUCAUCUAUUGACUUUUUGAUUAAUCAAGUAACUGUUCUUACACUUAUCAUGUAGAGUUAAUGCCAGAUGUAAUACAUGUUCAUUACCAGUGUCAUCAAAAUCAGGUGAAGGGUGUGGAUAAUGACUGUCUAACAUUGAAAUCAUUUCUCUCCUUUCAAAACCAAAUAAAAUACUUCUGCAAAGAAAA